UUAGAUGCGCCGCUUAAAUAUCGUGCAGCAAGUUGCUGUCUUUGAUAAAGUUUCAAUCUGACAGCAUUUUGCUGUUGAUGGUAAUGAUACCAAGCAUAAGAGGAGGAGGCAUUAUUAGCCUCAUCGGGGGUUUUUGAUGUUGAGGGAGAAGAAUCUAAGCUUUGAGUAUUUUGAAGGGUGGAUUGAAUGGUUGUUGUGACUGGAGUAUCUUUUGAAGGAGAAUUAACAGAAUUUGUGGUGGAUGGUUGAGGUUGUUGUUUCUGUUGGUUUUGUUGUUGUUGUUGAUAAUUUGCCCCCCAGUUUUUUACAGGCCACCCCCAAUUAUUUGUUGGCCAAUAACUCAAAGCGGGGUAAGAAGAAUAGGCAUAAUAAUUCGAUUCUGAAGAAGGAUAGCCAUUUGAAGCAAAAUAUGGAGAAUAUUGGGGCCAUUGCUGAUGAGGCCAAUAUCGGUAAAAAUUCUGAGCUCUCUGCUGGUUUUGGAGAGUCGAAGUUGAGGUAGUAGAGGCCGAAGAAUAAGCUGGGGCCGAAGCGGAAGUACUCGGAACAGCCUGACAUCCCUCAGAUGUUGUGGCAAUUCCGCCAUUUACUAGAUCCUUUCCAACAGCCACAAAUUGAUGUUGUUGUUGAAUGGCAGUGGUAGAAGCCGUUUCUUUUGAAUUUUUAAAACAAAUGUUGGUAGAAGGUGAAUUGUCGUUGUUAGAAUUAUUAUUAGCCGUUUUUCUUGAAUUAAUUGUUGCCAAGUUUUUUUUAUUUAAAUAAAGAGAAAAACUUGUUUUUAAAACUUGUUU